CAAUAAAGUCAGAUAGCGGCCAUGGCGAGCAAGGAGCAACUCUUCCACACUAUGACUCUGGUCUGACGCUUCACUGGGGGCCGGGCUCCGGGUGUGAGGGGGGCCGCUUUUAUCGGGAACACACAGGACAAGAAGAGAAGAUAGUUAGCGUGUUGAAGAUGAGUUUCAUGUAAAGAGAAGAUAGUUGGCGUGGUGAAGAUGAGUUUAAUGUCUGCCAUCGACAGCAGUGCAGCUUCCGUCUACCAGCCCGCACAGAUCCUCAACUGGGUCUAUCUGUCCCUGCAGGACCAGCAGCAGCACACCAGCGCCUUUGACGCCUUCAGACCCCAGCCCGGCUCUUCCCAGCCGGACAUCAACUACAGCAAGAGUCCGGACUUCAGCUCCUCGCUCAACUCCAACUGUCUCAACAACUUCUUGCAGCUGCAACGCAACCAGGCCUUAAACAACAACGUAUAUAAGAAUGUAUCGCCCUACGGCUCCCUCAACAACAUCGUGGAUGGACUCAACUCCCUGACGGACCACUUCUCAGACCUUACCCUGUCAUCAGAACCAAGGAAGCCCAACAAGAGACCCCCGCCCAACUACCUGUGCCACCUGUGCUUCAACAAAGGCCACUACAUCAAAGACUGCCCUCAGGCCCGUCCUAAAGGGGAAGGCCUGACCCCCUACCAGGGCAAGAAGAGAUGCUUCGGCGAGUACAAGUGUCCCAAGUGCAAGAGGAAGUGGAUGAGCGGCAACUCCUGGGCCAACAUGGGACAAGAAUGUAUCAAGUGCCACAUCAACGUCUACCCGCACAAGCAGCGUCCUUUGGAGAAGCCGGACGGUCUGGACGUGUCGGACCAGAGCAAAGAGCACCCCCAGCACCUGUGUGAGAAGUGCAAGGUUCUGGGUUACUACUGCCGCCGUGUGCAAUAAACGCUCCGAGCUUACGAGUCGUCCUCCUCCCGCCUCCAGCAGCCAUUCAAGGAAAGCGAACGAGGUCGUCCGUGAAGGAUCGUGCAGGAAAGCCCAAUCUUCUCAUUCGGCUCAUCUUCUACAAGUCAUCAUUACCUCACUUUAUGGGGUUUGUCACCUUCAGUGUUUACAAACGUCUGCCUUCCUUUUCCCUGCCAAGUGAAGCAAACACAAACUCACAUUUAGGGUCAACAGCACAUCUUUCUUAUUCUGAACUGUGAAUUACCCGAGGGAUAUCAUCCCCGCGCUGACAUGUGGCCUAUUUAUUUUCUUGUUGUCCAGUGUGCAAUGUGAGAGUGACAGAAAGAAAUAGAAAUAUAUAUUUUGUGUACGUUGGUAUGCCGCCUUGUGUCUUUAGAAACUACUGUAGGCUCAGUCGCUACGUUUGAACUUUUUUCUUCCAGCUAUCGCCGUACACGCGUUUUUUUUUUCCCAGUUUUAUGUUAAAAAAAUAUCAUCGUAUUGUUUAUAACAAUACGCGUUGUUAUCUAAAGACAGGAUGGACGCGAGGUUUUUGCCGCAUGUUUAUGCUCUGGGAGUUCAAGGAAAGUACAGGUGCAGAGGCAGGUUGUGGUAUUGAACGUGCAGAAAGUGAGGAAGGUUGGCUGGAAUGUAAAGAGUGGUUAGGAAAAUACAAGUAAACAAGUAUGCAGGCUGAUGAUUAAGGAACAUGAGUGACGUACGUAAAAGAAAAGACAAAUGAGGGAAAAAGUUGUAAAAAUACAAAAACUAUAUUGUAUAAAUAUGACGGUAAAGUUAUAAUGUUGCAGGAAUAAUGUCAAAAUACGCUAAGAAUACAAUAUUUUAAAAACAAAUACAUUUUCAAUCACAUUUUUGUAAAUAAAAUAAUAAAAGGGUGUGUAAUAAUUCUUUACAAAAAAGAUGCAUAAGAAAGAAUCAAGUAAAAUCUUAUAUAUAUAUAUAUAUAUACAUACGUAUAUAUAUAUAUAUAUAUAUAUAUAAAUGUAUAUAUGCAUAUAUAUAUGCAUAUAUAAAUAUAUAUAUAUAUGUAUAUAUAUAUAUAUAUAUAUAUAUAUAAGUACAUAUAUAUAUACACACACAUAUAUAUAUAUAUAUACACAUACAUACAUAUAUAUACACACACACACUUAUAUAUAAAUAUUUUUAUAUAUAAAUAUUUAUGUAUGUAUUAUAACUAAUCUGUAUAUAUAAAUAUUGCUAUAUAAACAUGUAGACAUAUCAAAAUAUAAAUAUGUGUGUAUAUCUAUAUAUAUAUAUAUAUAUAUAUAAAUAUAUACAAAUCUAUCAAAGCUUUAAGAUUAAAAGAAUAAAGUCAGAUUUUGACAAGUGGCAACGUAAAAGUAAGUCUUUAUUACGGUCUAAUUGUUUUCUCGUGUAUUAAAAAUGCCUUUUUUCUUAAUAUUCCAACUUGACAUUAUGCAUAAUAAAGUAUUACUUUAAUUUUGUUUUAUCCUUGUAAUAAAGUAUACAACUUUAUCCUGUUAUUAUAAAAUACAAAUGUAUACCAAACUUCUCUUAAUAUAUAUAUACAUUUUUUUUUGUUACACAACUUUAUGUAAAGUUACAACUUUAUUCUUAUAGUAUAUUUGCCGUUUUGUCCAUGUAUUUCUGUGACUUCAGUAAGUAUCGUGGCGAGUUUCUCUUCAGCGUGGCCUUAAUACCAUAAAAUUAUAUUUCCGUCAUGAUUUUUUGGAAGAUUGUGGCGCUUCUUUGAAACUCUGCUCCGCAUGCGUCAUCACGACAACCAAGCAAACGACACACACAUUAGGGAAAGAGUGUUUAUGCAACUUUUAUCUGCCUUAGGAAAUGUUUUUGCACAGUUCCGAAUGCCAGUCAACUACUUUUAUAAUGUGAUUUAUUGUCCUGUGCCUUCUGACGAGCUCCCAGAUGGACAAAAAAAAAAAAUAGAUGUUGAAAGUUUGACAAUGGUGCCUUUCAGUCGUGGCAAAUGUUUCUUUAACAAAAUGAUUAUUUAUCAACUAGUUUCAUCCUUAAAGAAGCAGCAAGGAACAAUUGAUUUUUUUAUCUUUAAGCCCCGCCCCCCAUUAAUUUAGUGCAAUUUAGCUAAUUUUUAUAAAUAUCCAGGGAAAGCCAUUUCAAUAUAAUCACCACUUUCUACGUUUUAGACGCCCACCAUACAUCCCACUGGGCAUGCUGCAUUUGUUUAUGAUAGAUCAGGGGUCGGCAACCUAAAAUGUUGAAAGAGCCAUAUUGGACCAAAAAUACAAAAACAAAUCUGUCUGGAGCCGCAAAAAAUGAAAAGCCAUAUUACAAACAGAAAGUGUCAUGAUAUAUAAAUUGAAUUAUGAGGACUUAAAAGGAAACUAAAUGAGCUCAAAUAUAGCUACAACUGAGGAAUAGUAAUGCAAUAUGUACAUACAGCUAGCCUAAAUAGCAUGUUAGCAUCGAUUAGCUUACAGUCAUGCAGUGACCAAAUAUGUCUGAUUAUCACUCCACAUAAGUCAAUAACAUCCACAAAACUCACAUUUGUGCAUUCAUGUACAGCGUUAAAAGUUUGGUGGACAAAAUGAGACAGAAAAAGAAGUGGCAUAAAACACGUCCUAGAAGGUCGGAGAAAGUUAUACAUGUAAACAAACUAGGGUGAGUUCAAGGACCGCCAAAAUAUGUAGGACAAAACGGCGCUCGCCAAAUACUGGAAUCAGUGAAUCAUGUUUAAUAUAAACAGUGUGCUUUAUAGCAAUUAGGGAGCUUUGUGUCAUGUUUGUCCUCCUACAGAAACCAAAUUAAAACAAAAAAUAUGGUUUUUCCCCCUUCAUCAUUUCCAUUUUUCAUAUAUUUUUGAAAAAGCUCCAGAGAGUCACUAGGGCGGCGCUAAACUGGAGCCACGGGUUGCCGACUAAUGUGAUAAAGAAAUGAAAAUAAGUUACCAUAAAAAUGUUUCUUUUGUUUUAAUACUUCGCCACGCUUGUGUUUAACUUUUAUUUUGAACAUUUUUUUUAUCAAGUUUUGGCGUAUUGUAAGAAUGAAAUGAAUUCCUUACCAAUGUGACAUAUUGCUUUGUAACCCGCCUGUAUAUUGAAGCCAAAAGGGCGACGCCUACAUUUCCCACAAUGCAAUGUUGCGUUGCUCAUCACUUUUUUUUUCUUCCGUUCGAUGUGACCUUUGGAACACGUUUUCGUCCCAGUGAUGCUUUUUCUCAUUUUUUUUUUUUUUUUUGAAGCGAUUAACGUGGUUCAAAAAUCCGCCCGGCGACAGUCUAUUAUUCUUUCACUUUUAUUCUGUCCUGAAUGACGUAUACUUGACUUUUCUAUUCGCUGUGUGUUUUGCAGAAAACAACAAAAACAAAAAAACCUUUCUCGCCAAGUGUCCCUGACGAGAACAAAUAUUUACAAAUGAAGGAACUGUUUCUGUAUAUAUUUGAUGGCCAUCAUUUUUUUGAAAGAUACUAGAAAUAUUAUUCCGCUUGUGUUAGAGAAGAAGGGCUUAUUGCUUAUUUUACUUUUUAUUAAUCUGAAGGAUUACCCUAUUUAUGUAUUUUUUUUUUUACAAGACUUUUUGUAUAGAAUAUGCAAACACUACGAAGAAAAUAUUGAUGUCAAAUAUUCCGAAAGAAACAAAAAGCUGGUACAUAUUUAAUCUCUUCUAAGCCAUUACAUUAUGUGGUUCUCCGUCGUCAUGGUAACCUGUUACUAAUUCCCCAAACACGCUACGAACGUUACGCAGAGUAUAUCCUCGCAACUGUAUGAGCACGUGAAAACUGUGAGACGCAGCUCGCCUCGAGCGGCCACUUUAUUGUUGUUAUUAUUAUUAUUAUUAUUAUUAUGGGAUGUUGGAGUGUUCUCUAUUAGCUUGGUGACGUGACAAAGAACUAGCUGACAAGUUUGCAUGUGCAUGUGUUUGCUUUUCCCCAGGAACUGUUCUUCUUUUGUGCAAUCUUACACACAAGUAUUAUUUAAAGACUUUUUUUCUCUAAUUACCGACAUUUACAGAAUAUUUACUGAAUGUAUAUUUAGCGUUUUAACAACUAAAAUGUGCGUUUUGUAUAAUAUAUAUAUAUAUAUAUAUAUAUAUAUAUAUAUACAUAUAUAUAUAUAUAUACAUCAAUGAGUCUGUUUUUCAUGUCCAUGAAAUGGCAUUCCAAAAUGUGCCUUAUUUUGUUAGUUAGGAAAAUACUUUAGUGCUGUCCAGUUUGAUGAAUAAAAGUCGUACUGAAAGUUG